UCACAGGUGAGGUAGGGUCAGACAGGUUGUAUAGUGUCUGCAAGGUCAUCUACUUUUGUGCCUGAUUGGCUUAUCUCUGAAGGCUUGGCUCCUAUAUCGGUUUUUAGUUGGUCAUAGAAAUUGCUGGCAUAGUUUCAACUUUCUAAGAUUGCACUUUUACAAAGAGCUGUCUAUAUUUAAAGUAAUUGUCAGCAGUCAAUAUUUACUCUAUUUAUAGUCCGUUACACUUUAUUUGCAGUGACAUUUUUAUAGUAUUCGACAUUCUGUAGGUGAGUAUUAUGAAAAAUGAUUGAGGAUAAUUUGUGUGCGGUUUUAAACAAAAUUGAUGAUUUGCGUUUGGAAAAUAGAAAAGUUCCUGAACCUCAACCAAAUGAGGUCUUACUUGAAAUGCAAAGUGUUGGAAUCUGUGGAUCUGAUGUUCACUAUUGGAAAAAUGGUCGAAUAGGCGAUUUUAUUGUUAAAGAACCUAUGAUCGUUGGUCAUGAAUCAAGUGGCAAAGUUGUAAAAAUUGGUAAAAAUGUGCAUCACUUAAGAGAAGGUGACAGGGUAGCUAUUGAGCCAGGUGUACCUUGUGGAAAAUGUGAGUUUUGUAAGAAAGGAAGUUACAAUAUUUGUCCAGAUAUAAAAUUCUGUGCUACACCACCAUACGAUGGAUCACUGUGCCGUUAUUACUGUCACGACGCGGAUUAUUGUUUCAAGCUUCCCGACAAUGUAAGCUAUGACGAAGGAGCCAUGAUUGAACCACUUUCUGUUGCUGUAUAUGGUUGUAAAAGGUCUGGUGUUACUGCUGGCAAGUCUGUUCUCAUAUGCGGAGCUGGACCGAUAGGCUUACUAAAUAUUCUAACAUGUAAAGCCAUGGGUGUUUCAAAAAUAUGUGUCACUGAUAUAUUGGAAAAUCGUCUUUCUAAUGCCCAAGCCCUAGGUGCAAAAAAUACUGUUUGUGUGAAAAACAUGGAAAUUGAAGCCGUUAUGAAAGAAGUGAUUUCCAGGCUUGGUGGGCAACCAGAUAUAACCCUUGAAUGUAGCGGAGCAGAACCGAGUGUAAAACUUGGUAUGAAGGUGACAAAACCUGGUGGUGUACUAAUGUUAAUUGGACUUGGAGCCCCCGAAAUUAAAAUCCCCAUAAUUGAAGCAACAAUUCGAGAAGUUGACAUUCGUGGAAUCUUUCGCUACGUCAAUUGUUAUCCCAUUGCCUUGGAACUAGUUUCCAGUGGUGCUAUAAAUUUGAAACCUCUAAUCACGCACCAUUUUACACUUGAAGAAAGCAUCAAAGCAUUUGAAACAGCACAUACAGGUGCUGGAGGUGCCAUAAAAGUCAUGAUUCAUUGUGGAAAAUAAAUGCAUUUACAAUUAAGUUCAAAAAGAAUGUUAAAUCAUAAAUGAGCUUAAUCAUAUUAAAUUCAGUUUCAUAAGUACUAUUUUUGUAGUGUAAGCUAUAUUGUAUUUGUCUCGUUGUUAAUUAAUGCUUAAUAAAAUAUUUUUUGAAUGAUA